AUGGAUCACCAGAUGCAUCAUGCCAUGGACCAUCAAGGCCAUAAUAUGCCAACAACAACAAUGGGACCCGUUGACCACAGUAUGCACGGCGAUAUGUCGGGCCACGCUGGACAUGAUAUGUCCGGUCACACUGGACACGACACGUCUGGUCACGCUGGUCAUGAUAUGGCUAUGAAUAUGUGGUUUCAAUUUUCAACAGACGCUACGGUGCUUUUUGAAAACUGGCACUUUACAACUGUCGGAGGGCUUAUUGGUUCGAUGAUAGGAAUUUUCAUUAUGGCUGCGCUCUAUGAAGGGUUGAAAUAUUAUAGGGAAUAUUUAUUUUGGAAAACGUACAAUGCAUUGCAGUAUAGGGCAGUUUCAUUGCCGGACAAAGCACCAGCUCCAGAAGAUCCACAAGUAGUACAACCUAGAAUGAUAAGCAAAAUCCACUUCUUCCAAACCUUUUUGCACAUGAUCCAGAUGGUCCUCAGCUACUUCCUAAUGUUAAUAUUUAUGACGUACAACGUGUGGCUGUGCAUAGCAGUAGUUUUAGGUGCCGGAACCGGAUACUUUUUGUUUGGGUGGAAAAAAUCGGUCGUGGUCGACGUCACGGAACAUUGUCAUUGA